AUGCUGAUUGAAAAAGUCAAUGAAGCAGCCAGCUUGGAACUUGAGAGACAAAACAAGCCCAAGGGGAUCAAAGGCAAGGGGUAUUCUGAGGACAGCAAGGCCCGCGGGGCCGAGGGCGGCAAGGCCCGUGGGGCCGAGACGCAGCCCAAGGGCGAGCUGCAACCCAAGUACCCGGGCAAGAGCACACCUACACGCAACAAGAUGGGCCAUUACGCCAUCAUCAAGUUCCUGCUGACGACAGAGCUGGCAGUGAAGAAGAAGCCCGACAACAUGCACUUGCCCCAACAGUGUGUAAAGGCUAUACGGGGAUCUUUGUCUUUGCGUGUGCGUAGGGAGCAUGGUGCGUGCGACGGCGCCAGCGUCACCGUGGUGCAGGAGUCUCCGUGCAAGCCUCUCCACCGAGCCGCGGGCACCCAGGACGUGCGCCGCAGCCCGCGGCUCCACUCGCGCCGCUCCUCCUUCUACGCCGCCUCUCAGCCGCUCUCUCGCGCCGCCGCCUCCGUCUCAACGCAGGAGGCCGCCGCCGCCACGCAGGGCAGCCAGGCCGGCAGAGAACGCUCCAUGUCGCCGCGUAAGGCCGCCGCCUCCUCCUCCGCAGCUCCGUCUCCACGCAAGCUGCUGUUUGCGGCGACCCAGCAGAGCCCCGACGCCAUCGCCUCCGACCCACGGCCGUCCCGGCAUCUCGCCGGCGGGGCCUUCCAGCGGGACGGCGCCCUCCUGGGCCGCGUGCGCAGCCCCUCGAAGCUGUCGCGCCGCCUCUUCGCCCCGUCGAGCGCCAGCGCCGCCGCCACCACAACCGGGCCGCGGCCGUCCGCCGGCCCCUCCGGCCCCCCGCGCGCCAGCGCCGCCAGGAGCCGGCGCUCGCGCCGCACUCCCUCCAAAGUGCGGUUCGAAUCGAGCUGCUCGACGACGACGACGACGGAGCCGCCGCCGCGGUCACGCAGCCCCCGCACGCCGUCGCGGGCGCCGGGGCGCGCCGACGACGACGGCGGCCCGGCACCCUCCCCGCCCGGCACGCCGCCCCCCUGCCGCAGCCCCCGGUUCUCGCGAGGCUUCCCCUGCACCCCCGGCACCCCCGGGACCCCCGGGACCCCCGUGUCCUCUACAAGAUUGCCCCGCCGCCUGACCCCCACGCCCCAGACUCCUCGCAGCGGUCGCGUUCCUGGAACCCCCGAGACCCCUGGUGUGGGGCACGUGGCGAGGACCCCUCGCACCCCUCGUACCCCACGCACCCCUCGUACCCCUCGUACCCCUCUCACCCCUCUCACCCCUCGCACCCCUCGUACCCCAUGUACCCCACGCACCCCUCGUGCCCCUCGCGCCGUGUCGAUGGAGCGUGGCGUCGUCCCCUGGACGCGUCCACGCCAGUCUCCCGGCGGCGGCGGGAGGCGGGCGCCGGCUCGGUGCUUGCCGCGAACGCGCAGCGAGUGCUCGGACCUGCUGCGCUCGCCCCUGAUGACCCCGGCCAAGAGGCAGCUGGCGCUUCCGCCAGAGUUCCCCGGCGGAGUCGGAGAGGGGCGCGACGAGAGGCCCGCGCCGAAGACGCCAAAGGAACGACCGCCAGCGCCGCUCGGAGGCGACGCCGCCGCCGCCGCCGCCGCCGGCAAGACGCUCGCGAGGGGCUCACGGGAAUCGCCGCCGACGCCUCCACGCGUGCCGGAGCACGGAGUUGGGACAGCGUCACGGGCGCCAGCACCGGAGAUCAGGAGGUCUCCCAGGAGGUCUCCCAGGAGGUCUCUCGGGAUGUCUCCCGGGAGGUCUCCCGGGAGGUGCCCGAGCGGAGGGGGCGCCGGCGCUGGAAGCCGCGUGGAGACGGCGCGUGGAGACGGCAGGAGGAGUGGCUCGGCCGACCGAGGGGCGGCAGAAAGGGGUGCGGGAGAACGUGGACAGGAGCCGGAUGGUUUCGCUUCCAGAAACGCUGCGAGAGGGGGGAGAUGGAGCGAGGAGGAGGAUGUGGAGGAUGUGGAGGAUGUGGAGGAUGAGGAGGAUGAGGAGGAGGACGCGUUGAACGAGAUGACGCUUUCCUCGUCGCCCGCCGGUGCCGGGAGCCUCGCGUCACCCGAGUGGGAGUUGGCGUCGCCGCGCGGCAAGCGAGAGGGCGUGGGCGUGCGCCUGCGCCGAAAGCCGACGGGCGCCGGCGGGGCGCCGGCGGAGACCUUGCUGGAGCCGCCGCGGCCGUCGCCGCUUCUUACCCCCCCCGGCGGCGGCGGCAGCUACUCCCUGCGGCUCACGGUGGACCGGAGGCAGCGGCGCGCCGAGGCCUUGCAGUCCUCGCCGGCGGCGGCGGUGGCCGCUGGCGCCUGGCACCCAAGCGCCACUAAGGACGCUCGACGCCAGUGCGAGGAGGAACCGUCGCCGCCGGCGCUGCUGCCGCGGGGCUCGGGGCCGCUCGAGCCGCGGCUGAAGCGCGCCGGCUCGUGGGAAUUGAACGAGGACGGCCGGGACCGACCGCGGGCACCGGUCGACGACGACACCGCCGCCGCCACAUCGCACCACCGCUGCGGCCGGCACUCGUCGCACCGGCGGCUGGCGGAGGCCGGGGAUCAACGUACGCCGCCGUCGUGCCGCGUGCGCCGAGCCUCGGCCUCCCCGAGCCCGCGCCGCGUGCAGACUCGCAUCUGCCACGCGCUCACGCCGCCCGCGUCGUCCUCCACGCCCCCGCAGAGCGCCGGCAGCGCCGCGAGCGCCGCGUCGCCCGCGCAGAGUCCAGCCAUCCGGCGGUGGCCUCGCAAGAAGCGGGCGGGCGGCGGCGCUUCUCCCGCGGCCCCCGGACUCAAGCCGGCGCCGUGGGACGGCGGGCUCGGCGCGGCGGAGGCGGACGGCGUGUUUGCGCUGCCCGACAGCUCCCCGCCGAGGGAGGCGACGUGGGGAGCCCGGUGGAGCGGCGGUGCCGGAUACGGCCUGGGCUCCCGGUGGGGCGGCUCCGGCGGCGCCGGCUUCGGCCUGGGCUCCAGCAGGAAGAGGCGAGCCGGCCGCUGCCUCUCUUCCCCGGUGGAAGAGGAGGAGGAGGAGGGCGGCGACGCCGCGGUGCCGUGGGCGGCGCCGCAGUUGGCCAAGCGGCCGCGCUCGGAGACGGAGCGGGGCUGGUCCUCCCCGAGAGGGAGCGCCGCCUUCUCGUUUACCGCCACCGCCGGCGGCGCCGCCGGCGGCAGCGACGACAACGUCUUCUCGAGCCCCGCAGGAGGGAGACACCGGGAGCUGUCGGCUCGCGGCCUCCUGGCGCUGACGCAGUCACCCAUCAUCCGUCCCCCCCCAAUCCUCGCGAGCGCCGCCUCCACCCCAACCACGGAGCCCAAUGGCGCCACCACCACCAGCAGCAGCAGCAACAGCAGCCAGGGGUCUCCGGCAGCUGAGCUGUCGUCCGUGCGGCACCGAGGCCCCGGCGCCAGGACGUACGGAAAGAGGAAGCUGCCCUGCUGACGCCAGCAACAAUGCCGGCGGCGCCAGCAGCCGGGACGGCGCGCACCGAGGGGGGUCGUUGCCCCGCGGCACUGCUCCUGGCGUCGCUGUGCACAGCGACCUCGAGUGGGGUGCCCGGCUCCGCAUCGGGUGUCCACCCAGAGAACUGAGGAUGAGACUCGUAGACUCGUGCAGAGACGUGUCAACUCGCAGAGACUCAUGCAGAGAUCCGUCAACUCACAGACUCUCACAGAAUAAGUAUUCUGUACUUUUAGUCGUCCUCAUCAUCAGCAGCAGUGGUCAGUCCACUGCUGGAUUAAAGUUUCCCAGGUCGUUGCCACUACCUGCCACGAUCCUCGUUCGAUGUGACGCCGUGGGUCUCGGUUCACAAGCCGUCAGUCGCUGGGCAUCUUGACGUGACUCCUGGGUGCCUCGGUUGCUGUGCAGUGCCGCCUUGCCUGCAGGGUUGGUAUAUCUUGCUGCUCGGCAUCCGUCGCGGGGUGCUGGGUGUCAUUCGGAGGAUGCUGGGCGUCAGUCCCAGGGUGCUGUGGUCCCACGUCUUGGCAAGGUUUCGCUGUGGCUGUGUCGCGGACUUGCGGUGGGGGUUAAAGGUCACCUUGGGGGGUUCAGUGGAUGUCGGGCUGGCAAGCGCUCGAACCAAUCAACUGUGCAAUUUUGUUGUUGUUGUCUUCGUUGUCGUUGUUGUCGUGGUUGUUGUCGUCGUUGUUGUCGUUGUUGUCGUUGCGUUUGGAGAAGAUGGACGCGUUCCUCGGGGCGUCCUCACCGGCGCCGCGUGGGCCUUGCUCUCGGAGCGCCACUGCCGUGUGCCGAGCGAAGAGUUUUCUUUUACGAAUAAAAAAGUGACAUUUCCCCCGCCUGUCCUGCCGCCAUGGAAAACGUCCACAGCAUUGGACCUCCG